UGCCCCAGCUCACCUCCUGUCAGGGACAUGAUGGGCACGCCUGGCGCCGCCGCCUCCAGGGAUGACGAGGCCGCCGAGCGCUCCCCGCCCUGCAGUCCGAGCUACGAUCUCACGGGCAAGGUGAUGCUUCUGGGAGACUCAGGUGUCGGCAAAACCUGUUUCCUGAUCCAAUUCAAAGAUGGGGCCUUCCUGUCCGGGACCUUCAUAGCCACGGUCGGCAUAGACUUCAGGAACAAGGUGGUGACCGUGGAUGGUGUGCGGGUGAAGCUGCAGAUCUGGGACACCGCAGGGCAGGAGCGGUUCCGCAGUGUCACACAUGCUUACUACCGAGAUGCUCAGGCUUUGCUCCUGCUGUAUGACAUCACCAACAAAUCUUCCUUCGACAACAUCAGGGCCUGGCUCACAGAGAUUCAUGAGUAUGCCCAGAGGGAUGUGGUGAUCAUGCUGCUAGGCAACAAGGCGGAUGUGAGCAGUGAAAGAGUGAUACGCUCGGAGGACGGAGAGACACUGGCCAGGGAGUACGGAGUUCCCUUCUUGGAGACCAGCGCCAAGACAGGCAUGAACGUGGAGUUAGCCUUUCUGGCCAUUGCCAAGGAGCUGAAGUACCGUGCAGGGCAGCAGGCUGAUGGGCCCAGCUUCCAGAUCCGAGACUACGUGGAGUCUCAGAAGAAGCGUUCCAGCUGCUGCUCCUUUGUGUGAAUCCCGCAAGCUGAGAGGAGGCCCCAGAAGUCCUUGGAGCUGCAGCCAUCUCCCCUUGACUGGUGUAUUCUGGGCGGCUGAGUCAAUGGGGAGGGAGUUGGGGGGGCCCAGUGCACUGCCCCUUCCCAUAAGGCCGCAGCACUCCUAUAGCUUCCCUGCGUCCUGGAGGAGGGUAAACCGCUUAUAUUUUAUCUUAAUGAUACAAAAUUUCAUGCUAAAAAAGAAAAAAAGAUACCAGGGUUUCCAGAAAACCAAGAGAGAGGGACCUGGUGGCCCUUUUGCCUUUUUGGAUUUAGGAUUAGGACCUAAGAGGCUAGGCCAUCCUCCUAGCAAUGACAUGGUAGUGCUGCUCCAGCUCAGCACAGGGGAUACCAGUGCACUUCUGGGAUGUGAGGAUAAGUAGUUAGUGUCCCCAUCACCACCCUCACUCCAGCUUUCAUUUUCUCCAGCUCCCCAGGAAACAGUCUUAGCCAAUAAGUUGGAUCCUAGUGCUGGGAGCUGGAAGGAAGACUCAGGGAAGAUAAGAGUUGUGGAGAUUAGGAGGGGCCCGCCCAGCUGCAAACAGGCGUAGAAGAGACUAGGGUUUUUCUGUGGCUACCUCUGGUUUUCCUAAACCCACUCCUGGAGGUGUGCUGUUUUUCCUCCAGCGUACAAGCACAUUGCAGCACUUGGAAACAUUGGUUCCUGUUUUCUGGACCUCAGAUUCCAGAGGAGCCACUCCCCCUGAAUCCCUGACUCAUUGGUUUCCAUCUCUGCCCCUGGACACCUGAGGUCAGAGCUAGGAAAAGUUUGUCUUCCCAUCUCAAUCUUUUGGCAGGUGUUCAGCCCUGCAGCUAUUUUUUCAAGGAAUACUUAGCUCAAUUGGGUUAAGAACCAGAUAAAGAGAAGCCCCUGGCUCCUGGAGCAGGUGGAAGGCAGAAUUGAGGAAACCUUAGGUCUAGCUCCCUGAACCCAAGCUCCCCUUCCUUCCUGAACAAUGUGCCCUUUUUUUGAACUUCAUAGUCAGUCACCAGGGUCAAAACUGCUUUAUCUCCCCUCCUACUGAGUCAGGGUAGCGAAUGGAAGGUCCCAUUUCUUUGCACCAAUGCAGUGUGUGCAAAACAAGGUCAUGUGGGUAAACCUGGGGUGGGGAGAGGGGCAGCAAGGAGUUCUUGUGUCCAGGAAAUAUGCAGGUCAGGACCUAGAGUAAGCACCUUUCCUUUAGCUCUGCAGGCAGGGCAGGGAGGGGUGGAGAGGUACUACUUGCUCGACAUUUCUGAGGCUGCUGCAUUUGCUUUUAAGGCAGAAAUCUUGAUCUCUGAGCACUCAGUGGCUCCAACUUGAAUUGAUAAGGAAGCUCUCAGUGGCCUCUCCCAGGCGAAUCAGGGAGGAGCCUGACCUCCCAGGUCUCUUCUCUGGCCCUUGGCAGGUUGCAGCAGGAGAGUCAAUCAUGUAGACAGCUCUGGGCCUCUAGCAUUUGUGUUUUUCAUAAUUAAACUGCAGUAUUUUGGAAAGUA